GGCCAGUCAUGAUGUGUUCGUUUUCUAAUCUGAGUUAUGAUGCCAUUAUCUUUCUGGCAACAUGUUGCCAUAAUUUGGCUGGUCCACUAUUUCUGUAUGCCCACUGCCAAAAUUCAAGGGGUCUGUCAAUGGGCAAUUAUUAGGGAUCUGCGUUUUUCUAGCAAUUCUCUUUGGGGGUGUUCAUUGCAACUGUAAGAAGUUGCCGGUCUUCUGCUUUUGGAGCAAUACAAGGUGUAGUGGAGGUUGAUGGAAGUGGCAGCGUGGCACCCUUUUCCUUCUCAUUCUCUACCACUCCAUAAUUUGCCUCAACCACCAACUUUCCAUCCGUUACAUCUUCGUGCUCCUUAGAACUGCGGUCUUCUGGUUAAUUCAGUGAGUGAAUGGGGCCUAGAUUAACUGGCAAGCAAAGCUUUACUGUCCUUUGCUAUAUAUGGGAGUUUCUGCAUUGGAUUCUGUACCUGUAGGCGUCCCCAUGGCAUCAGUUACUUAUAUUGAUGAUAGCCAUGCUGAGGUUAUUGAUCCUCCAAAGAAUGAGGAGAUGUUGGAUGUCACUGAGCUCGUUGGUGAACAUAUCCAGCAUUCACCGAAACCAAAUGUGACAAGUUAUGGUAAUGUGCGUGAGCUACUGGAAUGCCCUGUGUGUUUGAGUGCCAUGUAUCCUCCAAUUCAUCAGUGCUCCAACGGACAUACUCUGUGUUCUGGAUGCAAGCCAAGGGUUCAUAAUCGCUGCCCAACAUGCAGGCAUGAACUGGGUAACAUAAGAUGUCUUGCUCUGGAGAAGGUAGCUGCAUCGCUAGAGCUUCCAUGCAAGUACCAGAACUUCGGUUGCUUGGGCAUAUACCCUUAUUAUUGCAAGCUGAAACAUGAAUCACAAUGCCAAUACAGACCCUAUACUUGUCCGUAUGCUGGAUCUGAAUGCACAGUUGCUGGUGACAUUCCAUAUCUAGUAAAUCACUUGAAAGAUGACCAUAAGGUUGACAUGCACAAUGGAAGCACUUUCAAUCAUCGUUAUGUCAAAUCAAAUCCUCAUGAAGUUGAGAAUGCCACCUGGAUGCUCACGGUUUUCAGCUGCUUUGGCCAGUAUUUCUGUCUGCAUUUCGAGGCAUUCCAGCUGGGCAUGGCACCUGUCUACAUUGCCUUCCUCCGCUUCAUGGGCGACGAUGCUGAAGCUAAGAAUUACAGCUACAGCCUGGAGGUUGGAGGCAGUGGUCGUAAGAUGACAUGGCAAGGCGUCCCUCGAAGCAUCAGAGACAGCCACAGGAAGGUCCGGGACAGCUAUGACGGGCUCAUCAUCCAGCGGAGCAUGGCCCUUUUCUUCUCUGGUGGUGACAGGAAGGAGCUGAAGCUGCGGGUCACUGGGAGGAUCUGGAAGGAGCAAUGAACUGCAACAGGUAAAUGCGUGGAGUUUCUCUCCUUGAUGCCAAUGAAGCAUGGAUCCAUGAUGAAUUAAUCAGACUAAGAACUUAGGAGUUGGUAAUCUUGUAGACUGUACUAGUAGCUGAUGUAGAACCAAAGGCAAGUCUCUCUUUGCUCUGAACCUCUCUUAGAGUCUAGAGUUGACCAUGGCUGCGCGGUGGGGGAAUCUGAUGGCGACUCGUGAAAUGUAAAUGAUCUAGCUUGGUUUUUCUCUGUAUGAGACUCUUCUAUGUCAGACCACCAUUGUUUCUGGAUUCCGGGGAUGAACGAGAACAGCAGCCAAGUUUUUCAUGCUGA